AUGAAAUAUCUAAGAGGCCACUUUGGUGAUUUAAAUACCAGCUAGGGUUUUAUGUGGUUGUAUCUCCUCUGACCUCUCGUGCCUCUCCCCUUACUCAGAAAUGGCAAAGUCAAAGAAUCACACGGCGCACAAUCAGUCUGCCAAGGCGCAUAAGAACGGAAUCAAGAAGCCAAGGAGGCACCGUCACACCCCAACCAGAGGAAUGGAUCCUAAGUUCCUAAGGAACCAGAGGUACGCAAGGAAGCACAACAUCAAGAGUGGCGAGAAUGCUAGCGCUGAAGAGUAGAUCUUUUGAUCGCCUCAUAGGCAUUUUAAGGUUUUUUAUGAAUUUCACUUUCUUAGACAAAGAACCAAUGUACUACAAUCAGGGAUUGUGUCUAUUUCAAAUUCUCUUAUUUUGCAAGUUACUUGAUUUGAUGCAAUUCUUUCACUAUAUGUUUAUGUAGACCUAGAAUCUGAAAGCUGAACUGGAUUUACAUA